AUGGAGAGUCUUCCCCUUGAAAUUAUUAUAGAGAUUUCUUGGGCUUUAAUGUCCACAACUGAUUUAAAAAACUUUCGGUUAGUAAGCAAAGCAUUCGCUUAUGCUGCUUCACCUGCCUUAUUCCACCACGUUCAAGCAAUUAAUACUGCUGAGUGUCUCGAGCAGCUUUAUGAGUCUCAGAACUAUAACAAAAGUCCUGCCUCUGCAGCCAGGCACCUAACUCUCUAUCAUGGCACUUGGCCGUACCUUGGAUCUUUUAACGAGUGGAAAACUCACCCCCAGGCUCUCAGUCAUGAUGACUUAUGCAAGCAAGCGGAGAUGGAGGCCUUUGUCGCUUACAGGCGUUUCUCUACUCAAGAAGCGGCCCGGGUCUUUGACUCUGAUGUCAGUGGACUGGCCAUGAUCUUGGAAAUGUUUCCCAGCCUGGCCACCCUGACCUUAUCACAUGUACAUACAUGGCGAUGGGGAAAGUUCAAGAGUGCGUACUACAAUGAACUUUGCCAAAAGACUCGGAUUAUCCCUUUCUUCAAAGCCAGAGUAGAGGACCUCGCAUGCAGGCUAUUACCAAGUUUACUGCGCUUCCCCCAGAUAACCAGUUUAAACAUUCCCAGCACACUCGACAUACAGAACGAUGAAUGGAUCGUUAUUAACGAGAAUAUUGUGUCUUUAAACGUCAGUAACUUGGUGGUACGCGGUUAUGAGCACAGCGAAGUGCAGCAGUUUCUACGGUCAUUCCCGAACCUACAGGAACUUGUUUUAUGUACCGAGUCUGGAGGACAGGCCAGUAGCCAGAGAAUAGACCUACGGUCUUUGAAAUGGCCAACGCUUCGUCGCGCACACUUUCGCCAUCUCUGGACUUCAGAGAAUGACUUGAUCGAUUUUGUUUGUCAACACCAGCUGCAGCAACUGGCAUUACGCAAUGUGACGCUGUUCAGUGGCACUUGGAAGUCCUUCUUCCAUCGUGUCGUGCGUCUUUCCAAUCAAACGCUUCAGUCAGCUGUCUGCAUAAAGACGAGUGGCAUUCGCGUCAGUUUGAGUGAAGCUGCCAGAUCACACAAGCGCUGGCCUAACAGUGAUGCCAGUUCUUUGCCAACACGAGUAUAUUUGGUGUUUGGCAAGUGUAAUACGGACCCAGUAUAUAGUUUGGACAAGCGCGACUUUUGGCUAGCAGAAUAA